AUGGAGGAGGAAAACGCCGCUCUGCUCGCCGCUCUGACGGACAGCUUGGAUGGGAUGGUGGACGCAGAAGUGGGCGGGCUCUCCGUCUUCCCCGUCCUGGGCGAGGAGCCUAACCAGGAAGAGGAAGACGAGGACAAUCUCUCUCUGAGCACCGAAGACUUCAGCCAAUCACUGGGGUCCGAGACAGAGGACCCAUCUCUGAGACACAGGUCUCAGGUGUGUUUGUCCUCAGGAUGGCAGCCGCGUUGGUUCGUGCUUCAGAAUGGGUUCAUCUCGUACUACGACAGUGAGGACGACGUUGGAAAAGGAAGCAAAGGAUCCAUCAAGAUGUCCGUGUGUGAGAUUAAAGGUGAGGCCGCUAGUGACCUCCGUCCGGACAGGAAGCCGCGCGCCGUCCGUCCGUCCGGUCGUCUCUGCACCGAGCUGCACAAACACCUGACCACCGCUCGAGACACUGAGGAGGACAAGGAGGAAGAGGAGGAGGAUGAAGAGGAAGAGGACAGUGAGUCAGAGGAGGAGGAUGAAGAUGAAGAGGAGGAGUCUUCCAGCAGCGAAGUGGAGGGAGGAGUCGUCUUUGUUCCUCCUCCAAAGUCUCAGUUCAGCUCAGAGAAGGAGCUGCGCUCGGUGGUGGAUCUGAUCACCUACAUGCACACCUACUGCCUGCCCAUCCGCAAGCAGCAGGCCUGGGAUCAAAGGAAGGAGGCGCCGAGGCCGAGGGCCCGAAACGAGACCCCCCGCCCCCCCACUAACACCCACAGCAGGGUGGUACUGGUGUCCGCGCCGGGCACUGGGAGCAACAGCGCCCCCCGCAGGAUGCCCUUUGCAAGGCGGCGGGAGAUGAAGGCCAACUCUCUCCUCCGAGACCUCCUGCAGCAAAGCAGCUCGUACGACGUGAGCAAGCCUUACGGACUGCAAACCCCCCCCUACGUUCACUCCCCCAGCAGAGUCUCACACCCACAUAAAUCUUCCUCCCCCCCCUCCACUAUAAAUAAACUGGAGCUCCGUAAAGACUCCCAGCAGAGGCGGCCUCAGAGCCCGGAGGAUUUGGAGGAUUUUGUGGAUUUUGCGGAGGGCGGCGGCUCUUUUUCGGUUCGUCGCUCCCGUCGACUCGCCUCUUUCCCGAGUCGCUUCGGCAAGAGGCUUCGGCCAGGAAAGGAGAGGGAAGGAGUCAUGGGGAGGAAGGAAAGGGAAGAAAGGGAGGAGGCGAGAGCGGGAGUCAAAGUGCUGCCGACACAAACGGGAGCAACGACGACGCCGACGGAAAAGCUGACGGCCAGAGAACUAGAGAACAAACACUGCUGCCACAACGAGAAACGAGCCUGCCUCUGUCUGCCUCUCAACUCCAAGAACACAGGAGAGUCCCAGUACAGCAGCAAGCCUUUCGAGCAGACGCUGGGAGUGGAUCUGUGCGGGACGGCAGGUCUCACCCCUCCCACCACCCCGCCUCACAAACCAGUGGAGGAUGAGCUCUUCAAACCAUCAGAGGCAGGAAAACCCAGCGAUGUUGUCGGCGUUUCCACGAAGGCUUCCUCGUCCUGGCUUUCUCGCGCUCACCCUCCACGGAAGCUUCUGGAACAAACUGAGCUUUACGCCCAGUUGCGGCGCAUGGGUCAGGCGGGCGCCAACGAAUCCUACCGGACCUUCGGAGAUCACGACUACUGCGCGCUGAGCCUCGGGGAGAGCAGGAAACGCAGCGCCGACAUGUUGGGCGCCAUGUUACAGGCGCAAAGUGGGGGAAUGGAUGGUAGCAAAGCGCCGAAAAAUGUAGACGAUCAGGGGUCGAGGGAGAGAGAGAGGGAGAGAGAGGAAGUGAUGGUGGCGUCACAGAUAGCAGAAUUGCUGGAGCAGCAGAUCACGACCACCACGACCAAAACGACGAAGAAGUUGGUGAUUUCUUCGUUGCCGCCGCCCUCUCACUGCCAGUCGGCGACCGCUACGCCGCCGGUGUCCGAGGAGGAGGCGGAGAGAUCGUCUGCGUCUCGCUCGCCAUCACCCACAAUGCACCUGUGUCCCGACUCCCCCGCCAGCAAGACAGACUCCAGUGAGAACUCGGAGAUGUGUCCCGACGACAAGCAGAGGAACAAAGCCAAGUCUGACGAGGACAACUGCCAGGUGUUCUACAUCCACAACCUGCCAACCAGCGUGACCCAGAACAUGCUGCGGAAACGCUUCCAGGUUUUCGGAAAACCGGAGGACUGCAAAGUCAUCAUCUGCAACGAGUACGAGGCAGGCCCGGGCCCCGUGAAGAGCAAGUACGAUGCACUGGACUUUGACACUCUGCUGAAGGAGGCCCAGAAGUCCUUGCACCGCUGACAGCGCCCCCUCCUGGCAGCCUUAGUGAACUACACCCUCUACUACAGGGCCCUCAGAAAGGCCCAUUAGUACCCCCAUGCAAGGCAACCUCGCAAAAUGUUUACAUUUUUACCAUUGGAAUAAAGUAGUGAUAAGGACCUCGUUGUUUUUUUUUCUUUCACCGGAGGAUAUAUUGCUUAAAAACGAGGAAUCCACCGUAGAGCAAAAGGACUUACAACAGUACAACGAGUACGAACGAUGAUACAGCUGUUUGCUGACAAUAACCGUCUGUUGGUGACUUCAGAGGACCUCUGUAGCAAAACCUUGCUAUUCCUACGUUGGUCGUCGUGGUGUGUGUGUUUCUGCGUGUGCGUGUUAUUCGUUCUGUUCGUUUUGUAAUAAAAAAAAGAUAAAACCUCCCCUUUUCCGGUUACGGGUGGCGAAGCUGCAAGAUGCAAGCUUCAGGCUGUUAACCAGAACAAAAAAAAACCUGCUUUGUUUUAGCGAAGAAUUGUGGAUGUUAUAAAUUCUAAAAUCUAUUGUGUGUGUGUUAUGGACAAAGAAUAUAUAAAAAAACAUUUAACGUAAUCAUUUGAUGACUGAUACAAGUUUACAAAUCUAAAAUGAAGAAGAAGAAACUCAUGUUUUUUUUUCUUUUUUGUAAUUGUAGUGCUUCCUUGAUUUGAUCUAUGCACUGUACGGAAGGAAACGCCUCCUCCACGUUCCCUAUUUGAAUCGAACUCUGCCAUGCUUUAGGUUUCUGCUACUGGCUGCUACAGGCUCUGUUUGGUAGGCGUUUCAUACAUUAAGACCCCGACUAUGACCUGGAAAAAUAUGUACCUUUAUAUUUAUUCCAACCCAUGCAAACACGGAUUGGAAAGGCAAUAUUUACUGCGUUUGUUGAGCAAAUCCCAAGUUAGAAAACACAAUUUGACGAGUGUUUCAUGGGUUGCUUCCAGGUACGUUUUUUCCACAUCUGGAGGGGUCUUGAUGUAACUUUUAUAGGGUCCCACUGAACAUGUGUCCUCUGAAGGAUGCAGCCUAAUGACACCCACAGCCAAUGCAACACUUACUGUUUACAUUUGGACUGCAGCAAGCAGGACAAUAAUGGGGAAAUGAAGAUGGUAGCCAUAGAAUACUUUAUAUCAUACUUUGUUAUGAAUCCAUCACAGCUGCACUUUGUCCAGAUCCUCCCAGUCCAAUCUCCGUUACAGUCAUUCAACUAUUGUUAAUGUCCUGGUGACAUUAGUGCAUUGGGUUUCUUAGUUUAAAGGGGAUCAAGACCACUUUGCUCCCCCCCCUAUAAUCCACAUCAUCAUCACAAGAAGUAGACAAAUCUGUUGGAAUGUAUUCAAGAAUUUGAAUGUAAUCAUCAAGUUUUCCCCAUUUCUGCUUGCCCAAAGAUUGUGGAGUUUUUUUGGUGCUUUAAAGUAAGUUGUCCGGUCUGCAGGAAAUUACCAUUUGAAAUGCAGUCCGGUUAGAACCGCUUUCCUGACGCAGCCAGUAGCAGUGAAAAGGGAGAGAGCCUCCACACCUAUAGUGCCAAUAUGGUGGCACCAAAGGGCGAGCGAGGGACGGGCUUGAAAGUAAAAAACAAAACAAUCGGCCGAAAAUCUGGUUUCUCAUCCGGGAGGUAACAGCUGAUCUCUACCUCACAUCCAUCCGUCCCUUUCUCCAUCUUCUGGAGGCUCUCGGCCAUCUUCUUUUAUGAGUUCAUUCUGUCAGAAAUGUUCUUCUGUCUGUCCCUAACUUAUGGGUCGUUUCGGGGUUUGUCUUUGACUUUUGAUACUAUGGCUCAAAAGGGGAAUAAUCUCUGUCUCUCUUUCUCUAACUCUUUCCUCCGCUUGCCUCAUAACGGUUUUAAGCGUGUCCGUUACUUGGAGUCUCGACCGUGUGUCCGUGUGUUUCUGAGUGUUUCGUCUUUGUCUCGUGUUUGAGUCGGACACUGCUGGCGCUUGCAGGUCGGUGAGGAGGGGUCGAACGCUGGCUUAAGGGUUUGUUCGGUCCUCGAUCGAAGGGGGAAGAGUCUCCUGGUCUUCAGUUUUUAUUCAGGGACACGUUCCUCCUCUCCUCGCCUAAGAAUUUCAAUAAAUCGCAGCCCGACUCCCUCUAAACUAUCGCUUUCCGUCUCGUGGGUUCUAGGCCUCGGGUCUUCCCCAAACCCCUGGUAACCUCCCGCUUUAUAACAAAUAAUCCCUCUUCUACCCGUCCUAUCUAAUCAACUCCUUGGUAACACACACAAAAAAUUGAAUGUUUACAUCACUCGAUUCUCCUUUGACUUUAUUAGGAACGCAGACUUAGUACAAAGGCGCCUUAUUCAGUGUUUAAAAAAAUAGUAAUUAACAGCAAAGUGAAGCGUUACCUUCUCCAGGCUCACUGAUGUCCAAAUCUAACAAAAACACUUUAGUGCUAUACAUACUGAUUGAGAAGUUAUUAAAACAAUUAUUUAAAAACACAAACAACUGAAUAAGUAUUUGUGCUUAGUAUGGAUACUACUAAAAAAGUGAGAGAAUGUGCUGGUUUACAUAUAAAAAAAAAGAAUAUAUAUAAAUAUAAAAUGUGUAUAUAGCACUAUGCCUCGUUGUAAACAUAAAUUGUAUUGUGUGUUUUUUUAUUUUUAAGUGGCGGGUUAUAGUUGAUAGCUAAUCAGACAGUCAGUACAGGGAGGACAUGAAGGGAAUUGAGAUAAGUUCAAACUCUUGUAAAAGACAUCCCUUUAGACUAUCACACUAAAAGGUUUCUUUGCUGUUUAUGAAAUGACUCAAUAUUUUUUUAUGUUUUUUUUUAAUGUUUUGUUCAAGAGCAAUUUGAAAUGCAAUACAUAAUAAUCUUAUCUUUAAGACAGCCUUUCCGACACACUGAGGUAAUAAUAAUAUAUAGGUUGGUUGUUGAGCGACGGAUCCAAUAGAAUACUGUACUGUAUGUAGACUGCUGUUAAACACAAAAAACACAUAAAAACUACAGGAAGAAAGGGGGUAGUUGUGAACACAUAUACAAAACAAAUCGUACCGUAUACUCUUGCACAAAUAACGUCCCAAGUGGUGAAAUAUCUUCAAAGUUUUUAUUUUCGUUGAAAGGAAGCCAUUGUAACUGCUAUCACCUUCGAUGGUGCACAGGUGUGUUGAACACCUGUACUACAGGAACAGCCAAUAACUAAACAUGUGUGACUGGUGGAGGAAUGUGGGGGGAUGGGAAAGGAGACAAAAGCAAGUCGUCGCUGGUUUGACCCGGUUCUACUUUCACAUUAGUUGAUACUGAUAAGGAAGACACUGUAGAAAUCCCAGUUUAAAUGAUUACACCACGACUGUGUACCACAAAGGAAGUAUAACUUACAGAACGCUUGGCCCAACUAGCUGGGACGUGUUGUGUUUUAGACGCUAAUUAAAGCAUAAAAGCAGUCAGAUUCGGCACAUUUGGGAAUGUUGCAUAGACAUAAAACAUAGAGUGGAAGUCAUGGAUACAGUAGGAGAAGAAAUUUGCUUCCCUUUUACUAACGGGAAAAACUGAAAAGGCUUUCGUUAGCAUCUUGCUAACCCUUCCACGUGACAAAGCUAGCUCUUGUUUGGCCUGUUGGGAGAUCUUAGUUUCUUCGUAUAAUCCAACAUGUGUAUGUCGAGGAUCUCUUGAAACUGAGAGUCAGUGGUUGGGUUUCUACAGUGUCUGCCGCCGUGCCAGUUAGGGUGCCUCGAUUUUCUAGAGGUUAAUGACGUUGGAGAACCCAUUUUUCAUCCUGGCAAGCCUUAAAAUCAAUCGGGAGGGGAAGACGAAGCUACCACUAGCUUUUAUUAUUGCUGUUUCAACUCCUUUCCAAUCCAAUGCGGUUUAUUAUUAAAUGAUUACUGACGUAAUUACAACUUUUUUCAAUAGCCAUAUUAUAAAAAGGUAUAUACAUAUAUUAUGAAUAUAUAUUUGUGUGUUUGUGUAGAUAUCUAGAUGAUUAUAUACUUUCUUAUAGAAAACUUUGAUGUUGACCAUUCUCUUCGGUGUUUUGAGAACACGUUGACACAUUUCAACAGAAUAAUAAUACUGCUGUCCGCUUGGUCUAGGUCCUAGGUCGGUGGACAACAAAUCAAAAAAAAAAAAAAAAAAACGUCCUUCCAAAGGGAAACACCCUCAGAAUG